AUACAUACUGCAGAGAGUAAAUCACACAUUCACUGUGUUUUCAAAUCAGAUUACAGAUAUCACCUUUUGACUUUGCAAGGACAUCUUGAAUUUUUGGGAAAAUGGCAUCAGAAUCCGACAACCAGAAAUCUGACCGUCGCAUUGUUCACUGCCUGCUGUGUGAAAAACCACAGGAAAUGCUGACGACGCAUCUGAGCAGGGUCUGCAUGAAAAAAAGUACACCCAAAGAACGGCUGGAGGAGGCAAAGAGGGCCAAGGAGUCCACCAAGGUGUGGACACGGGAAGCCAGAAACUGGGACUACAAGGAGAUGGUUAAACGUUACCCCCACAGACCAUCUAGGCUGGCUCUUCUGGAAGAGCUGCGCCAAAGAAAGUUUUUCGUGGCCAAUGCUCCUAACCAGGCAGACCUGGAACCCGAAGAGACAUCCACCAGCACAGCUGCCGUUCCCACAUCCGGUGUCAGCUCUCAAGCGGCUAGUGGUGUCUUGGUGGCGGAGGACAGCAGCUCUGAAGGCAGCACCACUGAUCCAAGUGACCGAACAUGGCAGAGAGAUCAAGCGCAGCCCAGCACAAGUGUCCGGGUCAAAAUGAUGAACAAGGGGCUCUAUGAAAAAUUCCCUGCAGAAGAGCCCAUGUUGACGGACUUCAAGGGCUAUUUGAUCAACACCCUGCAGGUCCCAAACUGCCAGCAGGAGGUAGACAACGUCUCCAGGAUGCUGAGAUACAUCCAGCCAAGUGGGGAUGAAGUCCGCUUAGACUUCCUGCUAAAGUCCACUGAAACCAAGGACUACCUCACCCAACUACGGCUCGCUGACAUGGGCCCGGCCACCAUACUGAACUACAUCAAGAACAUGAUCAGGUUUGUAACGUAUCUGAAGACCCACCUCAACUUGGGUGCAGCAGAUGCUGACUUCUACAGGAAGUGCCAAGCCUACAUCGACCUCCUCACUUUCCUCAGAAAGCCAGUGGCCAAGUGGAACAGCAACGUCACUUGUAAAACCAGGUAUCUACGGUUCCUUGAGGGUGAGAAGAGGCUUCAGGAGUGCCAGGCAGUCCUCCGAAAGGCCAAGAAAGACAUGCUGUUCGUUUAUGGGAGGCUGCUGGAAGGUGACCACGUGGCUUCAGAUGAAAAGACCAUCUUCCGCUACUACUGUGAAGCAAUCCUGAUCCUCGGUCACUUCCAGAGACCAGGAGUGGUGGAGGGAAUAACAACAGCAGAGUGGGAUGAAAGGAAAAAAUCUGUGGGAAAGGUGCGUGUGGCUGUGAGCGAACACAAGACUGCGACAAUGCAGAUCGCUGUGUUUGACCUAACAAUGGAGGAGGCAGCAAUGCUGGACGCAUACUACACCUGGAUCCGCCCUUACUGCAUCCGGCCAGAUGUAGAUCAUGGAAACAGGCUGUUUGUUUCAUCAUCGGGCACGAAGAUCAGGAGUGCAACCAAUGACCUCUCUCGUCUGCACACACACUACAAACUGCCCAACAUCAAAAGCCAGCAGAUACGCAGGACCGUGAAGACAGAUGUGGCUGCAAACUUCUCAGAUGAGCAGAAGGGGUCUGUCGCACACUACAUGGCCCAUUCGACGGCAGUGGCAAAUCAGCACUACCGAAUGAUGACCCUGGACAGUGUGGUGGCAACCGCAAACCUGCUCAGCUCCCUGACGCGCUCCUCUUCUGAUGACUCUGGUGAAGAGGGUGCCCAGGCAAAGAAGAGAAGGCGAGUGGAAGAGGCGGGCAGCCCAACACCAGACUUUGACGAUUUCCUACAGGCCUUCCCUGUAGGAAUCACUGGCCACCCACCCAACAAAACCCAGAGAGCAAAAGCUGGGUUCCCCACCGACAGAGUCUUUUAUGACAAGUGGAGAGCUCUGCAGUACAGCAAGCGGGAGAAACAUCUUUUGUCAAAAUGCUCAAGAUAUGCCCCAACUGCAUCGAAGGUGGCUAAAAUCAUAGAGACAGAGGGGUGGACGGCCAAUCAUCCCCGCCCAGAGGACAUCAUGGCAAAGUGGAGGCCACUCAGCAGAGCACAGGUGCAGAGUGACCCGGCCAUCAUCAGGGGGGUGACCAGUCAGAAAUGGACUGGUCUGGCUGUGAAGGAUUUUGGGGAGCAGAAGGGAGUUGUUGCAACCAAGGCCUUCAGGAAGGGCUCCAUCCUGUGUGAUUUGCAUGGAAAGGUGAUCACAGGUGCUGAGGGCAGGGAGAUGGCAGAGAGGCAGGGCGAGCUGGGCCACCUGUUUUUCUUUAAACAUGGCAGUGAGGAAGUCUGCAUCGAUGCGGAGACCUUCCCCUGUGAGUGCCACCCGUCUCUGGAAAGCACAGGGAGAUGGAUUACACACUCCAAGAAGAAGUUCAAUGUGCAGCCACGCCACUGCAUAGUGAAGCUUCAAGAAGGAGACAGGCACGUCCUGCUCUUUCAGGCUACAAAGGACAUUCUCAAAGAUGAGAAGAUCCGUUUCAACCACAGCAUAAAAAAGAGGUCUUUUCGUGGGGAGGAAGUGGAGCUGGAGUGGCUGGAUGUCUGAUAACCUACCCAGACAGACUAUUACAUUCUAUUGUACAGUUUUUUUGUUGUUGUU